AUGAAGUGUGAUCCGACCGGUUUAACAUUUAUUAACUCAUGGGGCACUGGGUUUGCAGAUAAAGAUGAUUUGAAACCAAGUGAAAUUCGAGCAUUUCAAAGGAAGAGUAGUGAAACAGGACGAAAUCUGAUAGAAAAGCUACCACCAGGUAUUCAAAAUAUACCUUAUGAAUGUCCUCAUUGUCGUCGAUGUUCUGCUGUACGUACAUUCAUAAUACAUUUCUCGGAUGCAGAUUGUCCUACAUGCCAUCGAGAUUUCAAACCAACUCCAUUGGGACUCAACGUCACUGCCUAUACAUAUUAA